GCUUUUCCAGUUUCCGACUACAGAGGCGUAAUUUCCGUUUUGAGAACUGGCGGGACUUCUUCACAUGGUAGGAGAGCUGCAGGUUGUUUACGGACGUCAAAGCUUGUUUAAACCCACACAAUGAUGGCAACAAACGGAGAGGAUGCACAUACAGCUGCGGUAAACGGAGCUGAAGCGGAGGCAUCGCCCCAGUCGAAGCUGCAGAAUGGAGGAACAGCGGCGCGGCCACAGAGGUUCACCUUCAGCACCGAGCCCUCCAUCGAGGAUAUCCGGCGCAUGCAGGCCGAGUUCACGGACGAGCGGGACUGGAACCAGUUCCACCAACCCCGCAACCUUCUGCUGGCCAUGGUCGGGGAGGUGGGCGAGGUGGCAGAGCUCUUCCAGUGGAAGGGAGAGGUGGCCGAGGGCCUGCCGGACUGGACCGAGACAGAGCGGGAGCAGCUGGCGCAUGAACUCAGCGACGUGUUGAUCUACCUCGUGGAGCUGGCAGAGAAGUGUCGAGUGGACUUGCCAAAAGCAGUGCUCCGCAAAAUGGCUCUAAACCGACUGAAAUACCCCGCCAGCAAAGUGCAGGGGUCGGCCAAAAAGUACACAGAGUAUAAAGACUGAUUGAAGAGGAGAGCGAGGGGAGUGUGGUUGCAAUGACCGCUGGAAGACCUGCAAACGCUGAACAGCAUAGCUGGGUUUAAAAGGCAUUUUUGGGGUUGCAUGUUACACAACCACGAAAACGCUGUUUUCUAUUAGUCGCCUAGACUUGAGGAAUAUCUAUGCUUUUACUGAAGUUAACUUUUAAAUCCUAAUUUUUAGUCUGAGCUUUGCCGUGCCUCGGUCAGUUUAAGGUAUGACUGUUGUGCAAUGCCUUUGGGGAAUUAUUAGGAAGAAGAUACUUGUCACUGCACAUUUUAACUUAUUUGCCUUUGCUCCGGUAUGAGUGUGUGACAGCAGAUCUUAGGCAGAUGGUUAUUUUUUUUUUUAUACCAGUGUAGAAUGGAGAGAUGCAAAAAUAAUAACCUAAAGUUUUUUGUUUGUUUGUUUCUGUCCAGAUCUAUCUGUAUUUUCUGCCCGUUUUGGAUGUUUUAUCACACACUACUGUUAUUCUUUCAGAAGUAAAAGUUGCAUGAGUCUGUGUGGUGUGUUUCAGCUUUUUUAUUUUUAAAGGAGACUGCUUUGCUAACCUGUUCUCAGUUGCAAUUGAGUCAGCUUUCUUUUACCUUGAUCAGUGUAAGGAUAUUUUGAUUUUGUUCAAUCUGAUUUAAUCAAAUGACAGCUCAGCUUUUGAUGUCCAUUUUGUUGGCUGAUUUUUUUUUGAAUAAAUUUUCUUUAUUCAAUGG